GGAGAGGGCGGCUUCCGGGAUCUGCCUGGCGGGUUCUUUGUCUCUCCUUCGCCGGAGACGGCUCUUCCUGUUAGUCUCCGCUGCUCGUUCUUGGCUCUGGGAGGCCCAGGUGGCUCUGCAGCAGCCUCUGCCACCCUGUGACCUGCGAGUAUUGGGACAUCCCUAGCUGACGCCAGGACACGCGGGAAGCCGAGGAAUGGUGAGUGGACUGCGCCUGGCUUCCCGAAGUGGAGAAGAGGGCUGGUUGAAACCUGCUGUGGCGCGACUCGGGCCUCCACGCCAUCGGCUCCGGAACCUGCGGACCGAGUCGCCGCGGCGUAGCCGGGGCUCAGUCCUCUUCUGUUCAGGGCCGGGCCGGGCGGGGCGGGCAGCGGAACCCCUGCAUCCUGUCUGUACCUGCGGGCGCCACUUCCGCCGGCCGGAGCCCUGUCGGGAACCCCGCGCCUCCCCGACCCAGGACUCGGUGGCUUUUGAGGAUGUGGCUGUGAACUUUACCCAGGAGGAAUGGGCUUUGCUAGAUUCUUCUCAGAAGAAUCUCUACAGAGAAGUGAUGCAGGAAACCUGCAGGAACCUGGCUUCUGUAGGAAGCCAAUGGAAAGACCAGAAUAUUGAAGAUCACUUCGAAAAACCUGGGAAAGAUAUAAGAAAUCAUAUCGUACAGAGACUGUGUGAAAGCAAAGAAGGUGGUCAGUAUGGAGAAGUUGUCAGCCAAAUUCCAAAUCUUGAUCUGAACGAGAACAUUUCUACUGGAUUAAAACAAUGUGAAUGCAGUAUUUGUGGAAAAGUCUUUGUACGUCAUUCCCUCCUUAAUAGGCAUAUCCUAGCUCACUCAGGAUACAAACCAUAUGGAGAGAAGCAAUAUAAAUGUGAACAGUGUGGGAAAUUCUUCGUUUCUGUUCCAGGUGUUAGAAGACACAUGAUAACGCACAGUGGCAAUCCAGCUUAUAAAUGUACGAUAUGUGGGAAAGCUUUUUAUUUUCUCAAUUCAGUUGAAAGACAUCAGAGAACUCACACAGGAGAAAAACCCUAUGAAUGUAAACAAUGUGGUAAAGCGUUCACUGUUUCCGGUUCUUGUCUAAUACAUGAACGAACUCACACUGGAGAGAAACCCUACGAAUGUAAGGAAUGUGGGAAAGCAUUCAGAUUUUCUUGUUCUUUUAAGACACAUGAAAGGACUCACACUGGAGAAAGACCCUAUAAAUGUACCAAAUGUGAUAAAGCCUUCAGCUGUUCCACUUCCCUUCGUUACCAUGGAAGCAUUCAUACUGGAGAGAGACCCUAUGAGUGUAAACAAUGUGGCAAAGCCUUUAGUCGUUUGAGUUCCCUUUGUAACCAUAGAAGUACUCAUACCGGAGAGAAACCCUAUGAAUGUAAACAAUGUGAUCAAGCCUUUAGUCGCCUCAGUUCCCUUCACCUCCACGAAAGAAUUCAUACUGGAGAAAAACCCUAUGAAUGUAAGAAGUGCGGUAAAGCCUACACUCGUUCCAGUCACCUUACUCGCCAUGAAAGAAGUCAUGAUAUAGAGGCUGGGUGUAGUGACUCACGCCUGUAAUCCCAGCACUUUGGGAGGCCAAGGCGUGUGGAUUGCUUGAGUCCAGGAGUUCAUAACCAGCCUGGAUUAAAACAAUGUGAAACAACCUGGGCAACAUGGUGAAACCCUGUCUUUACAAAAAAUAAAAUAAUGCCAGGCACGGUGGCUUACGCCUGUAAUCCCAGCACUUUGGGAGGCCGAGGCGGGUGGAUCACGAGGUCAGGAGAUCGAGACCAUCCUGGCCAACACGGUGAAACCCCGUCUCUACUAAAAAUACAAAAAAUUAGCUGGGCGUGGUGGCAGGCGCCUGUGGUCCCAGCUACUCGGGAGGCUGAGGCAGGAGAAUGGCAUGAACCCGGGAGGCGGAACUUGCAGUGAGCCGAGAUCGCACCACUGCACUUCAGCCUGGGUGACAGAGUGAGACUCCGUCUCAAAAAAUAAGAUAAAAUAAAAUAAAAUAAUAAUUAGCUGGG